CUCAUACUCGCGCUACCAUUCCCAUUUCACUCCCACCAACAAGGAACCCCUCGUCAACACCUGUGCGCACAUCCUUCAAACCACAAGGUGUCAUGAAUAUCACAAGCUCAAUAGUCUCGGAACGAGAUCGGGGUCUCUUGGGAGGAGACUACAAUGCCUACCACGCUCAAGCAACCCGGAAAAUCCACAAUUUGCGCCGACGACUUGGUGCUGUCAACCGUGGCCGAAAAUAUACACCAAAAUCCCCAGUGACCGCAGAGAAUGUUGCAAAGAACGCAGAAUGGGUACAACUCCUCCUUGCCAACUCCGAGCGAGCAUGGGCGAGUGCCAUGACCAUGAAGUCGGCGCAAUCGGCAGAAAACACACAGAAACCCAUGCCGGGUACAACAAAACGUCAGAUAGCUUCACGACUGCGAAGAGCCAUCACCUAUGCAGAGAAUUUGGUUAUUGUUCUGCAAGAUCGAGGUACAACCGGCGCAACAGAAUUGGACGAUCUAGAGGCUCGGGCUUAUCUGUCCAUGCUGCGAGGCAGUCUGGCUUUCGAGAAAGGACGAUGGCAAGCGUGUGUGGAAGACUACUCCCUGCCACAGAUCAUAUACACUGCGCUCGCUCGGACAUCCAAAACCGACCUCUAUAAAGAUCUUUUGUCUGGCAUUGUCGAACCCAGCAUUCGAUAUGCCGCAUAUCAAUUGAAAAUGCCGCGCACAAAGGCCGUCAAUGAGAUCGCCAUCGAAAAUUUCCCCAACUCCGAGGCCAACAUACGCAAAGAGGUGGAAAACAUCAACCCACAAGCGUUUGUAUCUCUGACCGAUGCCGCUCCGACCAGCCAGGGCCCCAAGGAAAUCCCUUCAGCCAUUUCCUGGCGAAGCCGCAAUGUCAAGCUUGAAGACGCCAACAUCUCGCAAGCUCUAGGCUUAUCCAAAGAACGAGAAGACGAACUCUCCAUAUCCUACAAGUCUUUCCGAGAAGGAACACUGAGCGCCAAGGAUCUCGCGACCGCAUACGAGGGGGUCAUCACAGCCUGCCAGGACGCCGCCGAUGCCACCAAAUCCGCCAUCGAUGAGCUCGCCGGUGAAGGUGUCGACCCGGGCGACACACGCAUGCAAUCUCUUCAGAUCACUCGCACUGCAGUCAAUUACGCCGUCAUCGAAUGGCGCAUCGGCCGCAACCGCGUCCUUUGCGGUACUGACGAUGGCCUGGUGUUUGAAUCCGAGAAAACCAGACGAUCACUCAAACCACGAAAGGACGGCAAACCGCGCGAAGUCAAGGCAGAAAGUGCUGGCCGCAAGAUCUCCCGCCUCCGCGAGCGUGUAGCCCUCUACGACUCCACUCUACAAAGUCUGGACGCCGUCAAAGAACUUCCCGGCGUCAUUGCCGACACCUCGUUCGUCCAGGAACUCGACGCAAAGAGAGCAUAUUUCCGCUCUCUCAAAUGUCUCGCCAUCGGCCGCUCGCACGCAAUCAACGACCAGAUCAUCAACGCACUAGCCCUGUACGCGCGGGCUCUCGACCUCGCUCAGAGUGCAUCAUCAACGCUCAAGGACGACACUACUCCCGCCAAGACGCCGCCCAAACUCGACGUCUCACCUUCCGAUCUGUCCGGCGCAGUCGCAACACUGUCCAAACUAGUCAUCCAGUACCGCGCCCUAGCCGACCUGAAAUCCCAAACUCGCUCGCCGUCGUCGCAACCAUCCACGGAACAGUCCGCAAACCAGGCCGUCAAACCUGCGCCGCUGGUCGAAAGACUCACACGCAACGAAUAUCUCGAGAAUGUCGACUUGACCAACCUGGUCAAUUGUCCACCCCGACUGCGCCCUGUGCCCGUCAAGCCGCUCUUCUUCGACCUUGCGUGGAAUUAUAUCGUGUAUCCGAGCCAGAAAGCGAGUUUGGAAAAGGAAGGGCCCGCUGCAGCAGUGAAUGGAGGACACGAGUCGGAGAAAGCAGCUGCCGCGGAGAAGCAAGAGGAUCAGAAGCCUGCGAAGAAAGGGUGGUUCGGGUUCGGACGAUAGAGUCGUUGGAGCUUGAGUCUAGCCUCAUGAAUGUCGAUGUCACAAGCCGUCAAAAAAGCAUGUUGCCGUGGGCAGCGAAGUCGUGAGCAGCGUAGUGCACUGGCUAUGUUGUCGUGAGCAGCACUUUGCAGUGGCUACGUUGUGAUUAUGUGAAGCAGUGAAGAAGAUGUUGUGGGAAGAAGAUGGGUCAUCUCAAAGCAGUUCAGUGGGAUGAGGUUGCCAUAGUCAACGGAAAUUCUCUGCCCAUGAACGAUAUCAGAGUAAUGUGAGAGUACCACGGAGAAGGUGGUCCAGCAGGCCCAAGACAGAAAGGAAAUAAAUCAGAAAAAGAUUCAUACAUCG